UUUUUUAAUGUUUUGAGGAAGGGGCCCACAAAGGCAAAAGUGCCCGGGGCCCACAGAUGGCAUAAGGCAGCCAUGCAGAAAAGUGUGCUCCCUCAGGAUACAGUACCGAGACUCCCAGACUCUGCUACCACACACAGACCUGCCCAGUGGGGUCUGCCACCCAAGUUUCCACCCCCACCCCAAUCCAAAGAAAGCCACAAAGCUGGCCUGGUGUUGACCUUGUGGGCGGGGCUGCUUCCGGCCCAGCCCCACCUCCCACCAAGGCACUCUGUUAGGGGCGCCAAGGCAGCCCUCUGCGGGGCUCAGCCUUCCAACCCACAGCCUGCCCCUCAGCCCGCCCCCAGACUGGGUGGCGUGACCCCCCCCUACAAAAGCUCAGAGUUUCCAGCAGCAGCUUCCUCUGAGUCUGGUGCAGCUGGAGCCAGAGUUGAGGAACAGAAUCUUGCUGAGCCCUGCCCAGGCCCUCCCGCUGGGGUCAGGAAAUUUGGAGGAUGAGGCCCUUCAGCCCUGAGGUCAGCAGGGACAGGUUUCCCUAGACCCAUCCUCUGCCAUGGCAGUCCACCUGCUUCCCACCUACGCCCUCUUCCUGAGCUUGCUCAGCACGGCUAAAGGCUCCAGGAGCCCCAUGGUACCCAACCAGCCCUUCACCACCAUCUGGAACGCAAACACGCAGUGGUGCCUGGAGAAGUACGGCGUGGACGUGGAUGUCAGUGUCUUCGAUGUGGUGGCCAACCCGGGGCAGACCUUCCGCGGCCCUGACAUGACCAUUUUCUACAGCUACCAGCUGGGCACCUACCCCUACUACACGUCUUCCGGGGAGCCUGUGUUUGGCGGCCUGCCCCAGAAUGCCAGCCUUGAGACCCACCUGGCCCGCUCCUUCCAGGACAUCCUGGCUGCCAUCCCUGCAUCCGACUUUUCAGGGCUGGCGGUCAUCGACUGGGAGGCGUGGCGCCCACGCUGGGCCUUCAACUGGGACACCAAGGACAUUUACCGGCAGCGCUCCCGGGCACUGGUCCGGGAGCAGCACCCCGACUGGCCAGCUCCUGAGGUGGAGGCAGCAGCACGGAACCAGUUCCAGGAGGCUGCACAGGCCUGGAUGGCGGGCACCCUCAGGCUAGGGCAAGCACUGAGGCCUCGUGGCCUCUGGGGUUUCUAUGGCUUCCCUGACUGCUAUAACUAUGACUUUCUAAGCCCCAACUAUACUGGCCAGUGCCCACCGGGGGUCAGUGCCCAGAAUGACCAGCUGGGGUGGCUGUGGAGCCAGAGCCGUGCCCUCUAUCCCAGCAUCUACAUGCCCGCAGAGCUGGAGGGCACGGGGAAGGGACAGAUGUAUGUGCGGCAUCGCAUAGGUGAGGCAUUCCGUAUGGCUAUGGGUGUUGGGGACCCCAGUCUGCCGGUGCUGCCCUAUGCUCAGAUCUUCUAUGACUGGACGAACCGCUUUCUGCCCCUGGAUGAGCUGGAGCACAGCCUGGGGGAAAGUGCAGCCCAGGGAGCAGCAGGAGUGGUGCUCUGGGUGAGCUGGGAGAACACAAAAUCCAAGGAAUCCUGCCAGGCCAUCAAGGAGUACAUGGACACCACACUGGGGCCCUUCAUCCUCAACGUGACCAGUGGGGCUCUUCUGUGCAGUCAAGCCCUGUGCUCAGGCCAUGGCCGCUGUGCCCGGCGCCCCAGCCACCCUGAGGCCCUCCUCAUCCUCAACCCCACCAGUUUCUCCAUCCAGCUCGCUAGUGGUGGCCGGCCCCUGACCCUACAAGGUGCCCUCUCACUUGAGGAUCGGAUGCGGAUGGCUGUGGAGUUCCAAUGUCGCUGCUACCGUGGCUGGAAGGGAGCAUGGUGUGAGCAGCAGGGCACGUAGUGACUGGUCAUACACCAGGAUACACACAUGGAGCCCCCUGUUUACCUUAAAAAUAAAUUAGUUAUUUUACC